AUUAGGGAAAGACUGAAGCUUGUAGGAGGAGGGAGCCUUAAAAGGGAUGGUGAAGAGAGAGCAGGGUAAGGGAAAAGGAGUGAGCAAUGGAUGGGGAAGAUGGGAAGGGAGCGAAUCUGGGCACAGGAGAAAAUGCCUGGGAAGAAGUGAAGGAGUAAGAGUUGAGGGGAGCAGGGGAACGGAGGAAUAAGCAGGGGGGCAGGGCCGUGUGUCCCCGGUUUGUCAUUGCCCUGCGGCGCGGUGGGGCCUGGAGUAAAACAGCUGAAGCGAGCAAGGGGGCGCCUGGGAUGCUCCGUGAUGAACAGCGGAGGGUCCGGGCCGCGACCGCAGGCUCGGCAUGUGCUGGAGCAGCGCUGCACUUUCCCAGCCCCCCUGCCAGGAUGAGGGGGGUCGGAGGGAGGGAGGGAAGGAGGCAGCGAGCGGGACGGGGCCAUCGACAUCCAGCAGCAAACAAGCGUUCCGGAGCCGCGGCUUCCUGGAAACGGAGCCCAGCUGGGUGACAGGCAGCGGCGAUAAGCGGCGGCUAUCGGGGCCCUCCCAGCUGCCCGGCCUCCCCGCGCCGCGGAACAGCGCUCCGCGCCUCGCCGCCCGCACGGCAGACAUAUGGCAGAGAACACAAUUCUCCAGAAAGCAAAAGAGGUUGACUGAUGGAAAACAGAAGAGAGCAAUCCAAGAGAAAUCCUGCCAGAGGAGGAGCAUGAACUUGAAAUUUACUGUUGAAACCAGACUUCUGCCUUGGUCUUAAGUACCACACUCAGCCAAUUGUACCUCUGAGUUCAGUGUGGCUCUGCACAGAUACGAGGAACUGCUUUUUGGACCUGACUAAGUCUGGAGUUUAAGUGUUGCUCUGGCAUCCAUACCGAUUUGGAAAUACACUGGUUGGCCUGAACUCCUUAAGCAGUGGGACAAUUACAGGUUUUUUAAAAAAUCAGAAGAUUAGAGAGCUGGUGAAUUGAAGCUGUUCUGGCUUUUACAUAAAGCCGAUAGCCUUACUGUCUGGCAAUCAUGUCGGUCAAACUCACAUUUGUCUCUCCUGGUGAUGGGGGUGGUAUCAGCAGGAGUUGUUCCUUCACUGGAUUCAGCACCGUGCAAAGCAGAAAAUUAGCAAAGUCUCUUGGCAGAAGUUCAGUGAGAUCGAGAAUGUCACUGAAACCCCCCAAGGCUUAUAACUCCCUGCAGAAGGGGGCUGUCGUCUGGGAUCCAAAGCCACUGCAGGUGAAGAAAAUUUUUGAAGCUUUGAAGAAAGGACUUAAUGAAUACUUGGAAGCACAUCAGGCUGAAUUGGAUUAUCUCUCUGGUCGACACAAAGAUACAAAAAGGAACUCUAGAUUGGCUUUCUACUAUGACUUGGAUAAGCAAAUCCGGUCUGUGGAGAGAUACAUCAGAAAACUGGAGUUCCACAUAAGCAAGGUAGAAGAACUCUAUGAAGCUUACUGUAUCCAGUGCAGACUGCGUGAUGGGGCUGCGAAUAUGAAACAUGCGUUUUCCUUGUCUCCUUCCACCAAAGCGUCCAGGGAGAGCCUUGUAGAGCUUUACAAGAACUUCCAAGAGUGCACAGAGGACAUGUGCUUUAUAGAAGGGGCAUUGGAGGUCCAUUUGGGAGAGUUUCACUUGAAAAUGAAAGGCUUGGUGGGGUUUGCACGUCUCUGCCCGGGGGACCAGUAUGAGGUGUUCGUGCGACUGGGGCGCCAGAAAUGGAGGUUGAAAGGCAAGAUUGAGACUGAUGACAGCCAAACAUGGGAUGAGGAAGAGAAGAUUUUUAUACCCAAUCUCCAUGAGAAGUUUGAAAUCAAGGUGACAGAGCUGCGAGGACUGGCCACUAUUCUAGUUGGUGUUGUGACGUGUGACAGCAUAAACUUCUUUACAACCAAGCCUCAGUCAAUUGUUGUGGAUAUAACUGAGCUGGGCACCAUCAAGCUACAGCUGGAGGUCCUCUGGAACCCCUUUGACACGGAGAACCUGUUUCUGUCACCUGGAAGCACUGCCAAGUUUUCGGUGGGUAGCAGGAAGAGCUCGCUGUACAACUGGACCCCCCCAAACACUCCCAGCUUCAGAGAGAAAUACUACCUGUCUGUUUUGCAGCAAAGGCAGAACCAAGGGGAUAUAAGUGAUGAAGCUCAGACCCCCAGCAUAUUGAGCUACUUGGCUGCCUGUGAUUUUAAUGUGCCUGGAAGGAACAAAACUCACAAUCCUGCAGAGACAAGUGAGGCAGACUCGUUCAGCAGUGAGGAUCAGAAAGGGACAGAAUCCAGAAACACAACUCCAGCUCUGGACCACAGGGCAUUGCCAUCAGUGAUUAUUAAAGAGUCUAGUGCUGAAGAACAACAGCAUCCUCUUCCAAAUCACACAACUCUAGAUAUUCUGAAGAAGACUCCAUGUGUGGAUGGAUUUCCAAAUCACCCAUCUAGUUUUCUGAAUCGUCGCAAAGGUAGCAGAGAUUCCUUCAACCAGACCAGAAAUCGCCGUCUGACAGAGCAAGAAGACAUUAGUCAGAAAAGCUCAAAUGCUGCAAAUAGCCUAAAACUAGAUGGAUGUACAAAGUCAAUUGAUAAGACUCUUCUUGAAGUGUUAAAUUUACUGAAGUUACAUGAUGUGGGGAAAGCCCAGCUGGAGAAAUUGGAAUACCAGGUUUCAUCCCUAAGGGAUAAAUUAAAGCUAAAGACGCUUCAUCACAAACAUUCAUCUAUGGAAAGCUUGAUGGUGGAGACAGUACUGGAAAGUUUUGACUUUUUAAAUGCCGACUGUAGUGCUGACGAGCUUUCGUUAUUUGGAAGCAUAAGAACAGCCAGUAUUGGCACGUACAAUGACAGCACGCUUCAGUCCCCGAGCUGUGACACAGGAACAGAAGCAAGGGAUGUAACUACUGGCGAUGACAACCUAGACACACUCUUGAUAACUCAUCUGAAGUUGUGCAAAGGUCUUUUGCAGAAACUGAGGUCACCCAAUGUAGCCCAGGUGGUCCAGGAGAGCAUUUUGGAAGAAGUAUCAGAACAGACGCGAGUCCUGGGGGAUGUCUCGGAUAUGUCUGUUGAAGAAAUUAUUCAGAAGGCUAAAAAGAAGAAGCACUAUCUGAAAAUCUGGAGCGAUCUCGCGGAGCCGGGCAGCAUCUUGCUUGCUUCAGCAGAAAGAUUCCGCCAUGCACUGAAAUACACACUGACGCUUAAAGUGAAGGAAAAAUACCCCCGUCAGUUAGAAGCAGUAUUGCAGAGGUUGCUGGAGCAGAUUGUUACCUGUGACGGGUUGCUCUCCUCUCUGUGCCUCCAAACAGAACCGGUUACUUUAUUCCAAUUUUAUAGCUACCUGGAGAAACACCGCAUUGCCAGCCUGGAGAAACACUUGGGCAAACUUGCUAAAGAAGUGAUGCUAAUUGAGGAGCUACAAUGCCCUGGACGGCUCAAGACUCUUAAAAAACUGAAAGGAAAGCGACUGAACAAACUGCAGCCCCUGCCGCAGACUUUACGGCUUCUGGGGAUUUUACAGCUCGACGACAACCACCGAGUCAGCAAAGCGGCCACGUCUGUCCUGGCCCGCGCCGCGGCCAACAGGAACCUCAGGGAGAAGGCUCUCUUUUUUUACACGGAUGUUUUAGCUGACUGUGAUUCCAGACUUCAGCAAGCUGCAUGUUUGGCCCUGAAAAAUCUCAGAGGUGUGGAGAGUAUUGAGCAGGUUGCCCACCUGUGCCAGUCCGAAGUGGAGGAAGUCAGGAACGCGGCCAGGGAAACAACGCUGUCCUUUGGUGACAAAGGACGGCAAGCCUUUGAGAAAAUGGACAGGAUUUGCUGUGAAUUAAGAGAAACUGUACAGCAAGAGGCUGAAAUUGAAAUCACAGUAUUUUAGUAGUGGAAUAUGAGGAACUGAAUUGCAUUUUCCUCACAGCCACGUAAGGGUACCUGAGGAUUUGGGUUUGUUUGUCAGAGUCUGGUUCACUUGUGCCCUGUGACAGACACGCUGUGCCCCACAGGGUACAGGUUCUUCCCAAAGGGGCAGUUUGGAGUCUACAUGAAGUAGACUGGAAUAUAUUUUCUCGCUGCCCCUCAGCACACAAUGGAAUAUCAUUGCUGGACAAAUAGAAACUGGGAUCUCUCAUGAGAGAGUAUAGAACCAGGUUGUCACUUGAGUUAAAAUCCCCAUCCCACAGUUGGAGCAGGGGCAGAUAAUUCCAGUAAGUCAACCAUGAUCUGUUUUCCUGUGAACUGUUUUAUUUACAUCAUCUGUCGCAUGCAUUAGGAAAAUCCAGCAGCAUUGCUUGGUGGUGUCUUUUCCACGUACAGUUUAGUUGCAAAGGGAAGGCUGGUUACUCCUAAGGCCAUUUUCGUCGUAAUCCCACCCGAGGGCAGGUUCAAGCAAGGCCUGGCAGGGACGCGCUCUGAGUGUCCGCCCUCGGUUCCCAGCAGGACGUGAUGUGUUGUUUCAGCCGUGCGCAGGGCUGGCUGACGUGUGCACAGCUCUGCGUACGUUGUUUUGUUUGUUGUUUUAAGGAUUUAUUCAUUUAGUCAUAGAUCAAGACUUCUCAUUAUCGUACACCCGCUGUCAGGCUCCUGACUCAAUACUUAACUUGGCGGAGCAUAGCCAUACGGGGAAGCCUGGCUUCAGGUAAAAUACUUGAAAGGGUUUGGCUUGUGUGUAUAUAUAUUUUUUUAUAUAUAUAUUACUUUUCUAUUCAGUAUUUAUUUGUUGGAUUUCAUACUGUUUUCUAAAAUUCUAAUAAAACAUUAGAGACAA